GUCGAGGCGGGGAGCCCACCAGCCAUGCCGCCACCGUGCCCCCGCGGAGCCCUGCCCGGGGCCUUCCUCCUCUUCUUCCUCUUCUUCGUCGUGCCGUUGCUCUGCGCAGCUCCCGAUAUUUCAAGAGGAAAUAAACUUAAGCGGAUGCUUCAGAAACGAGAAGCCCCCAUUGCCACGAAGCCAGAGGUGUCGCUGAAGGAAGAGGCGGCCAAGGGGUUCCUGCGCAGCCUGAGGCGCCCGCGGCGGCAGCUGUGGGACCGCAGCCAGCCUGACGUGCAGCAGUGGUACCAGCAGUUCCUCUACCUUGGCUUCGAUGAGGCGAAAUUUGAAGACGAUAUGUCCUACUGGACGAGCCUGGGGCGUGGUGGCAAUGAGUACUACGGGGGGUACUACCAGCACCACUAUGAUGAGGACUCACCCAUCGGCCCCCGGAACCCACACACCUUCAGGCAUGGGGCAGGAGUCAACUAUGAUGAUUACUGAUGGCUUUUGUCCUCCUACAGCUGGGGUGCAUGGGGCUGGGCAAAGCCAAGCCCUCCCCCAGUCAAUGUCUCUGUUUCCCUCCUGUUUAUGUACAACAGCAGGAGCCAAGGAGCUGCCAAGAAAGAAACAUGACUUUUCUUUUGGUAUUGUUACUUAGUAGUAUGCGAUAUAUGAAG